UGGGUUUACUUGUUGAAAGGUGAAAAAGACAAAUUGAAAUACCAUCCCAAAAUAAAAUAAAAAGCUUCCAAUAUUUGGAAUAUAGCGAAUGACAAUAUUACCCUUUCUCAACUAUCGUUUUCCAAGAUAUACUCUCGAGGAACAACAUCUCACACAUACACAUACACAUACAUGUACAUGAACGAACACACAUAUAUCUCUCUCUCUUACCUGUUUUUAAUUUUCCUGGAUUUAGUUUUAUUCCUUUUUUCUCUUCUGCCUUUGCUUCACAACACACAUACCUCUCUCUAUCUCUCUCUUCCUUCUUUUUCUCUCUCUCUGCGUCUUACUUUGAGCAUGUUUGUUUCUUCAAGAAGAUCAUCACUCAACUUCUCUCUCUUCUUCUAAGCUUCUCUUUAACUUCAUCUCUCUCACUUUCUCCUUUCUUUCUGAGAUAUAGAGAGAGAAAGAGAACAAAAAAAAUAUCAAAUCUUUCAGACACCCUUUUGACUUCUUUGCCUAAAGAAUCUCUCUGCUUUCUCUUCUCCUUAGAGAAAAUCAUUUUAAAUUCCUAAGCAAAACCCUCAGGAGAAAAAAAAAACAAAAGAAUAGUCAUCAUCAUCAUCACCAUCAUCAUCCUUAUCAUCAUCAACAACUUCAGUGGCAGCAAUAGCAAGAGAAAGGUUUCUUUAAUUAUGUCUAUGGAAGGUGUUUUUCUAGAGAAAACCAAAACAAACACAACAACUACUCUCCCUGAUCUAUCUCUCCACAUCAGUCUCCCAGAUAUUCAUCAAUACCAUCACAAUGAAUCUUCUAAAGAAUCUUCAAGAAGAUCCUCCCAACUCGAAAACAACAACCGAUCGUCCAACUUUGAACUCUCUUUAUCUCAUCAUAACCAUCCAACAGCAAGAAUCUUCCAUUGUCCUGAUCGAAGAACCCUUAAUCUUCCUCAUCAGCAGCAUUACAACAACCCUAUCAUCAAUGGUGUUCAUCAAAGGGUCGAUGAAUCCGAGAUUAGUAAUCUCCACCGUCCAAUUAGAGGCAUCCCGGUCUAUCACAACCGUUCAUUCCCUUUCCACCAACAAAACUCUUCAUUACCUUCUCUUGGAGGAGGAGACAUGGAUCAAAUCUCAAUCUUAAACUCAUCUUCCGGCUACAACAACGCUUACCGAUCAUUACAAUCUUCCCCGAGGCUUAAAGGUGUUCCUUUGCAUCAUCAUCAUCAUCAUAAUCAGUAUGGAGUCGUUGGAUCUUCAGAUUCGUCUUCUCCUCAUCACCAUAACCAUCAUCAUCAUGGGAUGAUCAGAUCAAGAUUCUUGCCUAAGAUGCCGACAAAGCGAAGCAUGAGAGCUCCAAGGAUGCGUUGGACUAGUAGCCUCCACGCGCGGUUUGUUCACGCUGUUGAGCUUCUAGGCGGCCAUGAAAGAGCAACUCCAAAGUCGGUUCUUGAGCUCAUGGAUGUAAAAGACUUAACUUUAGCACAUGUGAAGAGCCAUUUGCAGAUGUAUCGAACUGUUAAGACCACUAACAAGCCUGCUGCUUCAUCAGAUGGGUCAGGAGAAGAAGAAAUGGGCAUAAAUGGAAACGAAGUUCAUCAUCAAUCAUCGACGGAUCAAAGGGCACAAUCUGAUGAUACUUCUCUUCAUCAAGAAACUGACAUUUCUUCCACACAACCUCGUUGGAGUAACUCUUCACGAGAGACAUGGCCAUUAAGUAAUAACUGCUCAAGCGACAUAGAUACAAUGAUCAGAACUUCAUCAACAUCAAUGAUCUCUCAUUAUCAAAGAUCCAGCAUUCAAAAUCAGGAGCAAAGGUCGAAUGAUCAAGCAAAGAGGUGUGGAAAUCUUAGUUGUGAAAAUCCAAGUUUGGAGUUUACAUUAGGCAGACCAGAUUGGCACGAGAAAUGACUUUCUUGAUCAAUUUGGAUUUUUAUAUAUAUUGGAUUUUUUAUUUUUUUGUUUCAUCUUUCUCUCUCUAUAUAUACUCAGAAACAUGUAUGCAGUAUAUAUCUUUGUGACGAUGAAAUUCUCAGCGUAAAAGAAGGAGAACACGUAGAGAGCCAAGCUGCUCAAGAGUGUUGAUUUUUGCACAGAGAGAGAGAAUAUCACUACCAAAAUGAAGAAAUUUGGAGGUUCCUCUUCUCAAGUUCCAUUGAUGAUUUGAUUAUAAAGUGGAUGAUCAAUGUAUGAGUUUUUGUUUUUGGGUUUUCGGGUUUUUAGUUUUUUGAGGUUGAUCUGGUGGUGUGAUCAUAAGUUAUAUAAUUGGAAGAUCAUCAAAAUGUGGUGAAAGUUUGGAUAUUUUUUUGAAAGCCUCUUGGUUGGCUAGAGGGUUUCAAGUUUUUUUUUUUUUUUUUGCAGCCGAAAUGUAGAGAGAGGGAGAGAUCUGAGUUGAGAUUUCAUAUGGAUACUG